AUGGAAGACGAGCAGGUUGCAGUAUUUGGCAUUGUUGAUCCACUCAGCACUCGAUAUGGCAACACAUUGGCGGGACAAUUUGUGUGUGGCAGUAAAAUUGCCGUACACGCCUAUCGCCCAAUCACUGCCAGUACACGAGACAAGCCCACAGAUUAUGCCGGUAAAGACACAGUACAAAUUCAUCUGCUACAACCCGAGUUCAUAUUCGAUGAUCCCAUACUGCGUAGCCUUAUAGCAGAAGCCAAUUCCACAUUCGUUGCUCUACAGUCCCUUAAAAGGAAAGGUUCCAAGGCAGAUUAUACAAAAAUAUCACGAACAUAUCGUAGUAUUAUACGAGCUUGUUUGGAAAAACUGCAAGAUGCUGCUGGUUUGGCGGAGGAGGGCACCAAAGAACAUGAUAUGUAUCAACAAUAUAUUUCCAUAUUCUAUUCCAUUGAAUGUGUUUGGCAUCUAAGUGAAAUCUUGUUUUUGGAUCAGACACCAUCAAAUGUUAUUGUACCACAGCUGUUGGAAUGGGUACGUUUUCAUUUUCCCGCUGCCGAACGUAUGGCAACGGAUUUGCUGCUAAUGGGUCGUGAUGCCAGUGAUAGUGAAGAAUAUUGGCCAGCAUUGAAGGGUUUAAUUCUGCAGGGGCAAGUUGAUGUGGCGCGAGCCAUAUUACAGUCACAUCCGCAGGCGGAAAGUGCAGCCUUUAAAAUGGCCGAACAGAUUUUGAAGGCAAUGCCAACUUUUAAUGUCUAUGGUGGUUUUUCCAUACAAAAAUUCCGCUCACAAUGGCAGUAUUGGUUAACCGAUACCGAACGUAAAUUGUCAGCCAAUAUCUUGGCAAUUGAACCCAAUCUAGAAGAAUUGGUGCAAUUGAUAAUUGGUGAUACACAAACCUGGAAUGCACACAUAGAUAAUUCUGAUUAUUGGUAUGAAUACUUACCGGGAUAUUUAUUCUAUACCAAUCCGGCGUGUAAACAUUUUGAAUUGGGUACAGCAGCCAAUUCAUGGCUGGAUCGUUGGGCUCGCAUGAAAACCCAGCAGGGCAACGAACCACAAUUAAAACAUUUGGAUAAGGUCAUAUUGAGUCUAAUGGAAAAUGAUAUGCAUCAGGUUAUCCAUGCCAUACAGCUGAUGGCCGAUAAUCAAUGGUUUGUCACACAUUUAACGGAUUUGCUAUACAAUUGUGGUCAGCUGCAGGUUGUGGGAGAACAUCAAAUGAAUGAUUGCAUAAAGUUACGAGAUUCGUUGCUUUAUGAAUUCGGUAGCACUUUAAUGACACGCAAUUCUUUGUGGCAAUUGGGUAUGGAUUAUUUACAAUUUUGUUCGGAAGAAGGUUUGCCAGCAUUGGAAUUAUGUCUUACGAAAAUCCCAAUUAAAACGGAAAAACAAGCAAUGAAAAUUUUGGAAAUUUGUCAUAAAAUGGGUUUCCCUAAUGCCGAACAGGAAAUAUGUAAAAUACAAGCCAAACAGUCAUUGGAUGAUGAACGUUAUGGUAAUGCUUUGGAAUGGGCUAUACGUUCAAAGGAUACACUAUAUGUAACAUCGAUUGCUGAUUUUCUUUUGAAGCAUUAUGCCAAAACCGGUGAUAUGCUUUGUCCAGAUAUCAUUGCAAAUAUUGGUGCCAAAAUGUUUAUCUCCCCCCGAUUGGUAUUCUUGGUAAAAUAUUUCGAUUUUUAUCAAUUCUAUAGGAAACGUGAUUUCCUACCCGCUGCCGAGUUGUUGGUGAAUUUAUUGGAUUCGAAAAUAACCCCAGAAUACUUUUGGCCCUCUCUGCUAAUCGAUACCAUUCCCCUUUUGGAAUCCAAAGAUCCCAAAAUACUUUCCAAGGAAACCACAGCCAUUUUACAUCACCUGGAAUCGGAAUUGGUGCCGCUGAUUGAAAAGAAAAAGAAACGCCUAGAGAAAUUUCCAGAUGAACCUGUUAAUAUCCUGAAAGAUUAUCGCAUCGAAAAUAUUGAAGAAAUCAUUAAUUUAUUACGUUUAGCCUGUGCCCGCAACUUAUCAAGGGCCCUGAUAAUUGAAAACACCUUAAUGGCGGCUUAA